AUGGCGUUCGACGACGACUCGGACGACGAAUCGACGCCUCGGACGCGUGCUGACUUCGACGAGACGACGGCGGCGAAGGGGCGACGGGGGGAGGGCGCGGCGAGAGGGUCGCCCUCGACGACGACGACGAUGUGUUGCGAUGCGCCGACGCCUUCGGGGUCGAUGAUGACGGAGACGAUCGCGAAGAGGAUGAUAACACUGGCGCGCGAGGCGACGAGACGCGACGACGAGACGGCGAAGACGAAGACGAAGACGAAGACGAAGACAAAACGGGGAAAGAAAGACGAUAGCGACGAAGACGCGAUGAAUCAAAAGAUCUGGACAAGGGUGAAAGAUACGGUGCGGAGCGCGCGCGAGGCGGUGCGCGAGGCGAAACGUGCGAGGGCGACUCGAUGCGCGGCGGACGUCACGGCGCGGAUGGAAAUCGACGCGUUGACUUUGAGAGCGUGGGGAGCUAUCGAGGAAAUAGUCGAAAGUUUGAUCGAGAAGAGGGUCGGGGCGACGAGAAGCAGAGGAUCGAAGAAGCGCGCGGAGGGAAUCAGGCUCGCCGUUCGCGAUGGCUGGUUCGGAGACGAUGACGAAGUAGACGUUGCGGAAAAGUACAACGCCAGCGAGCGAGCGUGCGAGCGUUUAGGCGACGGCGCACACGGCGGCAUCAUACGUUUAUUGGACGAUUUCGAGCUCGUUCAGUGCGAGACUACGUCGGCUAGCUGUGAUACUCGCGCUCGACGGCGCUGCAUAAAGUUUCACGAAGAUUUGUUCGAAAAUCCAGACGUCGCGGCGACGAUUCGCAUCUCAGGUCGAUUGCGAGAGGUACGAUCCGACGCGUUGGCGCCGCUCGGUGACGACGACGAAGAAGACGGCGGUCGACAGAUUGAAGUUGGUAAUAUCGUCGCGUAUCAGUAUUCAUUCGUCGCGACGGUGCCGGAGAUUCGUGGAUUCUACCUCGUAACGUCCACGGCGACGUACAAGCUUUUGAAACCAAAGGCGACGUACUCGAUGCUGUACAACCGAAGCUUUCAAAUGAGAUAUGAUUUGGCUCGCCGAACCGCGCGUGCGCUGCCGCGAAGUCCGCGAUCAUCGCUCGAGUCUAUAAUUCCCGAGCUUUUGACGCGACAGCCCGCAGACGUAGCUGCAUUGCGGAUGGUAAAUGACAGAGACGCCGAAGGUGAGACGUGGACCGAUUACAAAAUCGCCGACGUGUGGGCGUGCAAGACGACGCUUUGCAAUCUGUGCAUGAAUGAAUUGGAUCAUUUAAACCGCCGAAGCGCGCAAAUGAUAAGCGCGUUGAUGAAGAAAACACACACGAUGUAUGAUAUGAUUCGAGAAACGCGCGAUGAGUUUGUGAUGUCUCAUCAAGCCAACGUCGUCGAUGUCCUCGACGAAGACCUCGAGCGCAUCUUCGGCGAGGGUGGGUGGAAAUCGUGCGCUGACGCUCGUCCAAUUUUGAGUGACGCGCGAGACGAGGACACUUUAGCGACGUGGAUCGAAGAAGUGAAAGAAAAGUACAAUACGAAGUCGUGUAUCGUCGAGGAAGCGCUCCAAGUCUGGGAGUUUUGUGCCGAACACGCCGACGUGUUGCGCCUUCCGUUAUUUUCGUUCCAUCGUUUCAUGCGCGCGGUGAUGUGCCCGGUUUCGAAGGCAUCUUGGACGCUCCUGCGCGACGUUCACUGCGCACUCAUCGGACAAGUGACUCCAUCGAUAUCGGUUAUCGAGCAAAUAGUCGUCGAGGGUCGAAGAGCGGAUCCCACGGCAGCCCCCACGCGCGUGGCGAGAUUCGAAACCGAACUUCACGUCCACGCGUGGCCGGAGAUUGCUCGCGAGUUGAUUGACGACGAGGGCAACGUGAUGGACGUCAAACUCGCCGCAUCGCGCGCGAGCUCAUUAUUAGCGAAAGCCGAUUACUUUCAACUGACGCCGCGAAUGCGACUAGCCACGAUGUCGGCCCUCGUGGCGUUGACGCUGAAACAGCGCGAGUUCCAUCGCUUUCUCUCCGAUCGCCGCGGCGAAGAUGAAGAAGGCAAACCUCCGAGAGACAAUCGAGACGAGAAGUCCAUGAUUGACAAUCUAGAGAGAAAGUGCGUGCUAUUUGAUGGUUACGCUCACUUGACCGAAGAAGCCGUCAAAGAUCACCCGACGAUCGCGCAGACGAGAGCCGAAAUACUGCACUUCUUGCAGAUUUCGUCUCAUCGAUGGAGACGACUCGAUUGGCUCGCGACGCACAUCGUUGGCCUCAUGAAACAAUGCCACACGUCUUCUUUCGUGGAGCUUCGCAUGGUUUUGUGGAACUUCGAAGUCGCGGUGUAUAAUCUGCAAUUGCUCGAUGCGAAGAAAUGGGACGGUUGUCGGCAACUGUGGAGAUCGAAAGUGUGCGCCUCGAAAACGGCGGGGCAACUGGCGCAGUUUGCGUACACUCUGCUAUCAAAUUUACCAUCGAUGUAA